AUGGUAUAUAUUAUGGGAUUUGAAGGUAGUGCCAAUAAAUUAGGUAUUGGUAUUGUUAAAGAUGAUGGUACAAUUUUAUCAAAUAUUAGACAUACAUUUAUAACACCACCAGGAGAAGGAUUUUUACCAAAAGAUACAGCCAAACAUCAUAGAUCAUUUAUAUUAUCAUUAGUUGAGAAAUCAUUGGAAGAAUCGAAAUUGAAACCAUCAGAUAUCGAUUGUUUAGCAUAUACAAAAGGACCAGGUAUGGGACCACCAUUGAGAUCAGUUGCAGUUACAGUUAGAAUGUUAUCACAACUUUGGGAUAGACCAAUCGUUGCAGUCAAUCAUUGUAUAGCUCAUAUAGAGAUGGGUCGUUUAAUUACAGGUGCUGUUGAUCCAACAAUUCUAUAUGUUAGUGGUGGUAACACCCAAGUGAUCUCAUACUCGUUAAAAAAGUAUCGUAUCUUUGGCGAAACCAUUGAUAUUGCAGUAGGCAAUUGUUUGGAUAGAUUCGCAAGAGUAAUUCAAAUUCCAAAUGACCCAUCACCAGGUUACAACAUUGAACAGUUGGCAAAGAAAGGUAAGAAUUUAAUAGAGCUACCAUAUAUAACCAAAGGUAUGGAUGUAUCAUUCAGUGGUAUACUUUCCUCAAUUGAAGGUAUGGUAAAGAAUAAACAAAACAAGACUCAACAUAGUGUGGAAGAUUUAUGUUAUAGUUUACAAGAACAUCUAUUUUCAAUGUUGGUUGAAACUGCUGAACGUGCAUUGGCACAUUGUGGUCAAAAUGAAGUUUUAGCAGUUGGUGGUGUUGGUUGUAAUCAACGUUUACAAGAGAUGAUUCAACAAAUGAUCUCUCAACGUAAUGGUAAAUCAUUUGCAAUUGAUGAACGUUAUUGUAUUGAUAAUGGAGCUAUGAUUGCUUGGGCUGGUUAUUUAAUUUUUAAAAAUGGUACUACAACUCCAUUAUCUCAAACAACUACAACUCAACGUUUUAGAACUGAUCAAGUUGAUGUAACUUGGAGAGAUUAA